AUGGUGGGUGUUGGGAUUCCAAUCUGCCUUCAAUGUGGCACCGCCAGCAACCCUUGCAGGUGCGAGGUGGUUGGACCAACGCUGGGGUUCCUGGCCUUCGCGGCUGCAGCGAUUGUGGAGUGGCCAGUGGGGGCUUUGGUCUACUGCUUCACGCACAUGAAGGGUCGUCGUAUCAAGGCACAUCCAGCCACUGUUGUUUACCCUUCGGUCACUAAUGCAAUUCCCAUUUAA